AUGAGUAGAAACCAAGUAGAGUUUUCAAAUCAACCUGUCGUUAUCGAUAAUGGUUCAGGUUUCAUUAAAGCAGGUUUUGCAGGACAAGAUCAACCUUCUUCUAUAUUUUCAUCAUUGAUUGGUCACCCAAAGUAUAAAAAGGUGAUGGGAUCAAAUGUAGAUGGGGAUUCAUCAUUUUUCGUUGGAGACAAGGUCACAGAGAUGAGAGGAGUAUUAAAAUUGAGACAUCCAAUGGAUCAUGGUGUUGUAAUGAAUUGGGAGAAUAUGGAACGUAUUUGGAAUCAUACAUAUGAAUUGUUAAAGAUUCAAUCAUCUGAACAUCCAGUAUUAGUUACAGAUGUACCACAUAAUCCAAGAUUACAUAGAGAAAGAGCAGCAGAAUUAUUCUUUGAAACCUAUAAUACACCUGCUUUAUAUUUCUCGAUACCAGCAGUACUCAGUCUAUAUGCAAGUGGUCGUACUACUGGUGUGGUUUUAGAUUCUGGUGAUGGUGUUACUCACACUGUUCCAGUGUUUGAAGGUUUUGCCUUGCCACACGCCAUCACACGUAUAGAUAUAGGAGGUAGAGAUAUUACCAAUCAUUUGCAAUACCUACUAAGAAGAGCAGGUUACAACUUUAGAACAAGUGCCGAGCUCGAAGUGGUUCGUAUCAUAAAGGAAAAGAACUGUUAUGUUGCAUUUGAUCCUGCCAAAGAGGAAGAGUUGUUGGAACCAGAGGCCGGCACUAGUCGUCCCGUUCAAACAACAUACACAUUGCCCGAUGGCCAAACUAUCGAUUUGGGUGCCGAAAAGUUCCGUGCACCAGAACUUUUAUUCCAUCCAGACAUUAUUGGCGACGAAUCACCAGGUAUUCAUCAAUGUCUUGACACUUCAAUCAGAAAGAGUGAUAUGGAUCUUAGAAAGACUUUGUACUCUAAUAUUAUCCUAGGUGGUGGCUCUACUCUGUUCCACGGAUUUGGUGAACGUCUUCUCAACGAAGUCAAGAAAUUGGCGCCCAAAGACGUUAAAAUCAAAAUCUCGGCUCCUCUUGAAAGAAAAUAUUCUGCUUGGAUUGGUGGUUCUAUCAUGGCUUCCUUGUCGACAUUCAAAGAUUUAUGGGUUACUCAUCAAGAAUAUGAAGAAGAGGGUGCUGCUAUUUUACAUAGAAAGAUUCUUUAA